AUGGAGUAUAUAAACAGCAUUUUGGGGAGUCAAGGUCAGACACAGCUGGUGGAGGAAGCCAUUCCUACGCUAUGCAACCGAUUGCAACAUGCGGCAUUGGUGUCAGAUCGACGGUCUGCUGUUUUAGGUUUGAAAAGUUUCAGCAGACAGUAUCGAGAAACUGUUGUUGAGUAUGGGUUGAAGCCAUUGAUUUCAACUUUGAAGAAAGAUUACGAUAAUACCAACUUGGUUAAAUCCAUACUAGAAACAUUCCUCAUUUUGUUUAUCCGUGGAGAUACCAACGAGGAUUUGACCCGAGGGUGGAUUUCUCAACAGCUGAGAUUGCAAAAUGGAAAGUAUCCGUCCCCAUUGUUGAUGGAUUACACUCUAGACCAAAUGUCAUUGUGGAUUGCAGACGCACUUCUCCAAGACCAAGAUGCAUUCAAGCUCUUGGUCGACGAAUUGGAUGAGAACGACUACCAUUUGAGAGUGUACACUAUACAACUUUUGGAAUCGUUAGUGGCCAGUCGGGGAACAAGAGUUAAGGAAGCGUUGUUGAACGUGCCCACUUCAAUGUCGACAAUUUGCAACUUACUACAGGAUAUACACGAGCCGGUACGCAAUGAAGCAAUUUUGUUGUUAAUGGCGGUGGUCAAUAAUAAUUUCAAUAUUCAAAAAUUGGUUGCAUUUGAAAACACGUUCGAAACCUUGUUCAAUAUUAUAGAUGAGGAGGGGGGAAUACGUGGGUCAAUUCUCGUCCAGGACUGUUUGACUUUGAUCACUAAUCUCUUGCAGUUUAAUGCAUCGAAUCAGAAAUUCUUUCUAGAGACCCAGUGCGUUCCAAGACUAGCGAAAUUGUUGGGGGAGCCCAUUGACGAAACGGAGGAGGCGGGCAAUACUGAUGAAGAUUAUGAUGGAAAUGGAUCCACGUUCCCUUCCUCGCCAAUGGUUUGGACUGAACAAAGAUUACAAAACAUGAUAAUCGCCUUGGAGAUUUGCAGAUUAUUGGUCUCCGAAGACAAUGAGUUGGUUGUACAGAACCAGGACAACUUGUACCAAAACGGAAUCCAUUAUAUCCUUUUAAAGCUUGUUUUCUCUCCCAUUACUGAAAUUCUGGUUCGCUCCGUGGCUUUGCUAGCCACAGCCGAUGCUAUAAGUGGAAACCCCACUAUACAAUUUGAGAUUUCUAAAAUCGAUGUGCCAUACAUUGACCCCUCCUUGCCGUCACAUCUUCAAGCUUAUGAUAAGCCUAUUCUGGUGCCAUUGGCUUGGCUCAACUGGUGUUUGCUUUUAAAUUCAGUGCAUUUAUUUGACAUUAGAAUCGGGGCUGCGUACUGCUUACAAUCGUACUUCAAGCAUAAUCAAGAGUCCAAAAUGGCGUUUCUCAACGAUCAAAUUUCCGCCUACUCAGACGAUGAGUUUUAUAGAAAUUUGAAGGAAGACUUACCACUCAUGAAUGGAAAUAGUAUUCGCACGCCUUUCGGAAACGUUUUUAAAGUGUUAAUGGACUAUGAUUCCGAUUUGAAGUUGAAUCCUUACAAAGUUUGGUUUGCUGCUGUUAUACUAAUGUACGCUUUUGAAGACGAACCAGCGAAUAGGGAUCUUGCGAGAGCAGUCAAGACGGGAGAUGCGGACUCUGGAGAGGAAGUCAUGACUUCAGUGCAAGCAAUAUCGGGGCUACUCAUCACGACAUUGACCCAUAUGGAUCAAAGAAUUGCUAUUGGAUAUUUGAUGCUUCUUACUGUUUGGCUAUACGAGGAUUUCAAUGCAGUUAAUGACUUCCUAAACGAUGGUUCCAUUGUUAAAUCGUUGUUGAACUCCUUAUCUCAUAGCUCGAUUGGUGAAAACCUGCUUGUUCAUGGUAUGACGACUGUUUUACUUGGUGUUGUUUACGAAUUCUCCACAAAAGAGUCUCCUAUUACAAGAACAGAAUUACAUGCGCUCCUUGUAAAGAGUUUGGGAAGAGACAACUAUUCCUUGAAGGUAAAACAAUUGGUUGCCGACCCUGUAUUCAAAUUUUUUGAUGAGACGCUGAAUUUCAGUUCAGUGCAAGAUGAUAGUGGCUUGCCCGAUGUUUACUUUGACGUUAUUUAUGUCAAUUUGGUAAAAGAAAACUCGUUUAGAAUUAAAAGAGCCUUGUUUCACGAUCCCGAAGGUGAGCCAAGGCGCAAGAUAUCUUACGAGGAUGUUGAAGAACUUGAUUUGAGAAUAUCUGAACUAAAGAAGGAAAUACAUGAAGAAAAGCAAAAAAACUUGGAAAGCGAAUCAACUAUGAGGUCAAAGAUUAAAGAAUUGGAAACUUUGAAGGAAGAUGUUCAGCUGCGCUUGGUGUCAACGGAAGACAAUCUUCAAAAAUUGAAGGCAGAUCAUGAAACUGCAAAGGAGAAUAUUGCGUCUACGCUGCAAAGCCUCGAAGAAGUAACAGCAUUGAAGAAUAAAUAUGAGUCUUCAUCGGUAAAAUUACAAAAGGAUCUAGACAGUAGCUUGAAGAGGUUGGAAGUUCUUGAGGCGGAGAAGAAACGUUUGGAAGCUCUGUUGAACCAGGCAGAGCUGGCAAAGGAAAAGCUUGAAUCGGGUGUAAACACAAUGACGAAAGAUCUUUUCCAGUUGAAGAAGCAAAAUAACGACUCUGAGAGUAAGAUAAAGAAACUCGAAAAGGACACAAAAACUAUUCAGAAUGAAUUUGAAAAAGUUAAGCGUGCAAAGGAGGACGAAAUCAACAAGCUCAAAAAGGAAAUUGAGAGUGUGAACCAACGUUUAGUUGGUCAAGAAAAUGAGCAUAUGAGAGCUACAGCAACAAUAGAGUCGCUAACUAGAGACCUUAACAGUAAAGACUCGGACAUUCUGAAAGCCAAACAAGAAGUCGUAAGUUUGAAAUCGAGGGUUGAGGAACUAGAUCGCGUAAAGACUCAGUUAACUAAAACAUUGGAAGAGAAGCAAUCAGAGAUACAAACUCUGCAAUCAAAGAUUGACAGUGGCUUGGAUGAACAGCGUGCUUUGAAAACCGAGGUAGAAAAGUUGAAUACAAAACUCCAGUCAGCUCGAGAGAAACUAGUGCAGUUUGAAUCAGACAGUGACGAGAAGAUUCAUAAACUUGAGCAUGAAUUAGAAGAUUAUUCGUCAAAGGUGAAGAAAUUGCAAGAGGAAGUGAUAAAGCUUAACACGAGAGCUGCCCAAAUACCGGAGUUGGAGAAAAGUAACAAAGACUUAGAAGAUCAAGUUUCCAAACUUCGAGCAGAGUUAAAUGCUAACGAGAAAACUAUAUCUGAACUCAACGAUGUCAAGAAUGCAAGUACUAAAAUGUCCAAAGAGGUAAAGGGUUUAAAGGAAGAGCAUCAAAGGGCUCAAAAUGAAUUGUUGGCAAAAAUCAAGACCUACGAAGAGGAGUUGAAAGCUGCAAAACAAAAAUUAGGAGUAGCAGAAGAGGCAAGUACUAAAGUCAAAACGCUUUCUUCCGAUGUCCAGAAUUUGAAGAGUAAAUUGGAGCAAGCACAAAGUGAGUUAACUGAGAAAUCCUUAGAUGUCGACACUGGAAAUGCGGCUAAGAAGAAGGUUCUUGAACUCGAGAAAGAUCUCGCAAAGCUUAGAGAUCAGUUGGAGAAGUCUAAAGAGGAUGGUGUGAAAUCUGUUGAACUUUCUCAAAAAGUUGAGAAGCUUAAAGCACAAGUGGAAUCCGGAAAGGAGUUGGAAUCAACUAACAAGGAAUUUGAAAAAACGAUUGAGAAACUCACCAAAGACCUAGAGACCAAGCAAUCGAAAAUUGAAGAAGGCACCAAGUUGAAGAAGGUUGUAGAAGAACUCCAAAUAGAUCUUGCUAAAGCGAAGAAGCAAGGUGAUCGUGGUAAGGAGCUUCAGCAGGAAAAUGAGCGACUCAAAAAGGAACUUGACCAAGCUCAAAAAUCAGUCAAAAGUGGUCUUGAUUUGCAAACUGAAAAUAAAGAUGUCAAGAAUGAACUUGAAAAGGCACAGAAAGAAAAGAAUGAUCUAAACAAGGUCCAAAAGGAAAACGAUUCUCUUCGGAAGGAAGUGGAUGGGUUAAAAAAACAACUGGAUGAAUUUGAAAAGCUUAAAAAGGAAAUGGAGAAGCUCAACGCUGAAUUGGCAGAAUCCAAAAAGCAAAAGGACGAGAUACUCGAGUUGAAAGAGAAGAACCAAAAACUUUCCACUGAGCUUGAGGACAGCAACAAGAAAGAACAGAUGAUUUUUGAUCUUCAAAGCGAAAAAGAUAAAGUUAAGAAAGAACUUGAGGAUGCCAGAAAAAACCAAAGUGACGCACAGGAGUGGGAGACUAAAGUCGAGAAUCUUGAAAGCGAACUUCAAGAUAAUAAGAAACAAAUCUUGGAUGCCACUGCCUUUAAGACGAAAGCGGAGACAUUGAUUAAGGAACAAACUGCCCAAAUGGAGGAAAUUGAAAAAUUAAAGAAGGAAAAUGAAAGUUUGGUAACGCUGGUCCAAUUGGAGAAGGAGAAUGCUCGAAAAUCCACAAAGAGGACUGAUGAGAUUGCCCAAAUCAAGCAGAAGCAUAAAGAAGAAAUACAGGAAAUGGAAAAGAGAAUUAAGAGCUUGGAAGAUAAGUACUCUUCAUUUGUUCCAAAGUCUGAUUUGGACGACUUGAUGCUUUUGAUGUCUGACUUGGAUGAUAAGAACAAAGUAUACAAGUCACGGUUGAAGAAGUUAGGCGAGACGGUUGCAAGUGAUGAGUCCAGCGAUGACGAGGGUGACGAUGAUGACGAUGAUGACGAUGAUGACGAGGAAUAG